CAACAAAUAUGGCGCCCAGUGGUUGAAUUUUCGAUGCCCGCUUACUAAGUAAAUUAGAAUAAUGGAAAUUUAGGCUCAAGACAAGUUUUUAUGAAAGAAUCGCCGACCAUGUCCAUAGCCGUGGCUCACAGGGAGAGCGUUGACAUGUUCACCUUCCCAGCAGAGCUGAAGCGGGUGCCAGGGGUGGAGUUUGGGAGGAAGACCAGGGAGGACACCUGGGCUGAGAACGUCAGGCCAAGGUCAACUCCUUCAUCUGCCGUGAAGCCUCGUGUUAGCAGCAGUAAAAUGAGACGCCCCAAAACAGCCCAUCCCAACAUGUACCGUACAGAGUGUGAUCGAUUGUAUCAGGUUGAGCAUGAGCCCACCCGCAAACAACGAAUGGAAAACCACCUCCCUCUGAAACGUAAUAAACCGCCCCCCUGGCAGAAAAACCUUGAUGGCCCAAUGACCCCCUGUGUUGUCACCCCAACGUAUGUACUGUCCAGGAACAAAGCCAAGUAUAACAUGACCAUAAAGACAGAGGAGUUCUUUGACGGCCACACAGAAGGGGAAAAACAAAGGCCCAGGUUUUAUGAUCCAGAAAAGGAUGCUUUGAUUGGUGAACUGCAACAGCAAAUCAAUGACCUUUCCCUGUACCUGGAGGAAGAGAGAAUGAAUCACAGACAAACCAGAUUUAAGGCAAACCAAGCCCUGAAGGAUAAAGCUGAAGAACUGGAGAAAAAACACCAGGAAGAAAUGGAGAAGCUUGAAGAGGAACAUGAGAAAGAGUUGCAAGAGCAGCAUGCUCAGCACGUGAAGGAGUUUGGGAAGUACAAAAUGGCUGCUGAGGGUCAAAUCAAUCGAAUGAAGAAUGAGACAGAAUUUUUACAAGGUGCCUUUGACUCGUAUAAAGGCACACUGAACCAGGAAAUGGACCAGAGAUGGAAGAGGAAGGAGGAGGAAUUCAGAUUAGAACAUGAGGAAAUCAAACAAGAAGCUCUACAUGACCUCAAAACCAAGUUAAUUACCGAAAGAAAUAACGAAAGAAUUACAAUGCAGAAAGAUCACCAAAAACAUGUGGAAAGCGUACGGAAGGAAUACAAAAAGGAGCUGAACGCAUUACAGAAGAGGUUUUCUAAUGCUGCAGCAGACCUGGAGAGACUGAAAAACGUACAGACAGAGCUGGAGGAGCUGAAGAUAGAGCAUGAGUCUUUGCAAACCCUGUACAGAGAGACAGCCAUGAAGCUGAAGCAAACCUCCACAGAACUCAUGGACACGAAAGUGCGUCUGCUGACAUUUGAGGAGCAGUUUGAUGAAAAGGUGGCUCAAGUGGAUGAUAAGUAUAAACAGAUGAUGCAUGACCUAAUGAGCAGAAACACUGAGCUAAGACGAUUGUAUGUGAAGAAGUGUGGCCAGUUAUUUGAUGAGAAAGCUCUGACAGAGCAGAAGAGGUUAGAAGGUCUUCAGACAGCGAAAGACACGAUGCAGACUCUGACAGAAAUUCGCCACCGGUCAAAGAUAAGUCUUGUAGGGGGUCUCCCACAGGCUCCAGAAACGAUAGCUGCAGCAAGUUCUCAGGAAAAACCUACAUUGAGCAGGGAACAACAACAACAUCACCAGCAUCGUCAUCGCCAGACGAGGCCUUGCAGUGCGCCGAUGACACGCCAGGAGACGAAGUCAGCAGAAAGGAACGCUGGGACUUUGGAAGAAAUCCAACCUGGUGAAGAGCCUCCCAUAAGGCCGCAGUCAUCUAUCCCACCCUCCCGUCCCGAUGUGGAGGAAAUGCGACGACAGCUGUACGAACUUAAAAACAUGCCGUUAUCGGAUAAAUUGUUUGAAGCUUUACAAUGACAGGGCUAGCAGUGUGAAGUAUUGCCAUGACGAGUACAUCUGUACUUGAUGUCAUCUUUCUGGUUGUGUCUGUGCCAGGUUCGAUGUGGGGAGUGUAUGAAAAUCUUGUCCGACAUUUCAUAAUAGGCAAACAGUGACAGAAACAGCACCCUCAAGAAUAUGGCCGCAUUCUACGUGACACCAGUGGAAAAUUUCGUACAGAAAUCUUAAACAACCGUAACCCCGAAGUCAUUGGGGUGACGUUUAUUGGUCAGCACGAGGACACUAUAGCAAUGGCAAGUCUAAACAACCCCAUGUGUGUGUCACAGUGGUGAUAGAAGUAUGACUGGUUUGGCCAACUGUUUAACAGUUACUUAAUUUUUCUACAGAACUCAGCUCUCUCAAAAUUGUACUGAAGAUUUUCGCUGUGUAUCAGAAUUUUUGUGAGUAGUUAUGCAAUAAUUCCUUUAAUUUGUCCAACAAUGGUAGUAUAGAUGUUUGCAACUUCUUACCAAUCCGUCAUUGCGUCAAUAAUAUCGUUUAUACUCAGAGUAGUUUUCACCUGUUAACUUUUAGAUUCACUACAGCAGAACUACAUGUUUGUUAGGUGGAACUGCAGUUUUCAGACCCACUUCACCUAAUUGUUGGUAUAAUAGUAAAAAGCAGUGAGUAGGGUCGCUGUCCACAUUUUUGGUGAUGUCACUUGUUUAGGUGUAGCCUGAGCACAUACGAUGUAGAUUCUGUCAAAUCAUCGCUGCGGUGAAGCCAGCUCUCAAACUGAUUUAUUUAUUUGUUUAUUUGAUUGGUGUUUUAUGCCACACUCAAGAAUAUUUCACUUAUACAAUGGCGGCCAGCAUUAUGGUGGGAGGAAACCCUGCAGAGCCCGGGGGAAACCCACGACCAUCUGCAGGUUGCUGAAAGACCUUCCCACAUACGGCCGGAGAGGACCUCAAACUGACCUAUCCAGUUUGUGAUCUUUAUCUCCACGAUAAAGGGCUGUUUCAAAAAAUAAAUGUUUUUUUAUUUAUUUGAAUUCUGAGUGUUCUAUAGAAUGGGGUGGUUAAAUUUUAGAGCAUGGACCAGCAUGAAAAAAUGCUCGUCUUAUACUACCUGACAAGGGGAGAAUACUCUGCAUUUCUGUCAUGUUUUUAACAGUGAAUAAUCAUUUAAAACUUUCUGGAUUCAGAUAAGAACCAAACUUUAACGGAUUGAUCCUUAGCGCAGAAUUUCAUCCAAGUCCAUGCAUAACUUUUCC